CUCUGCCGCUAUCUUGCUAGGUUUUCCAUUUCGCAAGCUUCACUCUCUUUUUGUUCUGACCGCAUCCAAAACACAAGUGUUUCACUAAAUCAUCUCAUUCGAUUUUUGAUUCAGAUUUCUUCAUGGAAUCGUGUAGUCAAUAAGGUUUUUUCCCUCUCGAAAAAUCCACCAAGCAAAUUCUCGGGUGACUCGUAUUCGAUUCGAUUUUAGCAGACCGGAAAUGGCGACCGUAAACCCUUUCGAUCUCUUAGGAGAUGACGCCGAGGAUCCAAGCCAGCUCGCUGUGGCUUUGCCGAAGAAGGUCGAGAAAGCAGCUGCUGUGCAGCCUUCUAAGGCCGCUAAGAUGCCGACCAAGCCAACUCCUCCUUCUCAAGCUGUGAAGGAGUCCAAGAAUGCUCCCGGAGGAGGUCGUGGUGCUGGUGCUGGUGGGCGUGGACCUGCUCGUGGUAGGGGUGGAUUUAACCGUGACUUCAGGAACAAUGAUGCUCCUAGGAAUGAAAAUGGAUUUUCCGGAGGAUACAGACCUUCUGAAGAUGGUGAAGGAGCAAGGCGUGUUGGGUCUGUUGGUGGACCCCGUGGCGGUGGUCGUGGAGGAGGCCGCCGUGGUGGAUAUGCCAAUGGUGAAUCAGGUGAUGUUGAACGCCCACGAAGGCCCUAUGAGCGCCGUAGUGGAACUGGUCGUGGUAAUGACCUGAAACGUGAGGGUGGUGGUCGUGGAAACUGGGGUACUACUGAAGAUGAUAUUCCACCAGCAACCGAGGAACCCACAACAGAGGUUGAGAAGAGCCCUGUUGCUGAGAAGCAAAGUGGUGAGGAUGACACCACUGAUGCAAAGAAAGAUGCUCCUGCAGAUGAACAAGAGGAGAAAGAAGCUGAAGACAAGGAAAUGACACUGGAAGAGUAUGAGAAAAUUCUGGAGGAGAAGAAGAAAGCUCUGCAAGCCACAAAGGUUGAGGAGAGGAAAGUUGACACCAAAGUGUUUGAGUCCAUGCAACAGCUCUCUAACAAGAAGAGCAAUGAGGAAAUCUUCAUCAAGCUGGGAUCCGAGAAGGACAAACGCACUACUGAGAAAGAAGAGAAGGCCAAGAAGUCGCUGAGCAUUAACGAGUUUUUGAAGCCCGCUGAUGGAGAGACCUACAAUCCAAGAGGAGGAUACCGUGGAUCUCGUGGAAGAGAAGGUCGUGGUGGCCAAGGACAGAGAGGUGGAGGAGUUAACGGUAGAGGAAACCCAAGGCACGGAGGAGAAGCUGCUGCUCCGAAGAUCGGAGACAGUGCUCAGUUUCCAUCGUUGGGCAAGUAAAGACGCCUUUUGGUCUUUCAGCCUCUAUCUCCCUCUCUCUGCUCUCUCGUUGCUUGAAUUUUGCUCUUAAUUCUAUCAUUUUUGUUACACUUUCUCGACUAAACCAGUUUGGUGUCUUUUUACGUUAUGGAAAAACAAAAAUUCUUAUCUUUCUUUCUCAUAAAUUUUAGGUUCUUUCUAAUU